UUUCUAAUUUCUAAUAUCCUUCUCAUGAAACCUAUCGUAUCCGGGCAAAAUGGUGGGACACAUGUGCUACGGCAGAAAUAGGCAGCGCCUGUACUUCAUGCACGAUUUCCCGGAAGAUGAUCGGCUUCCUCGGAAAACGCGCCAGCAGCAAGUGCGCCGUUGGGACUUCCUGCACCAAAUGGAAUGGGUCCCGGUUGGCAGCGGUUCCCAUUCACGGUUGCCGGCACGUGCGGUGCCUGGCGGUAAACAAGGGAAAACGAUACUGUACAUUGGACGAGCACAGCAUCGAGGAUCGAUCACGCCCGGAUAUGUGAAUCCCGCUGGCACGCAAUGCGUUCUACCCUGGGGCGGCAAGAUGCACAAGAAGAAGGAGUUUGAAGUAUUGUGUACGGAGGGCGACUUUUUCCCGUGCAUCGACUCCACGACGCUGCUGAAUGCAACGCCGGCCGGUGUGUCGGAGGAAGGAGAACCGUUAUACAUUGGAAGAGUGCAACACUGUGGUCAGCUAAUUACCGGGAAGGUCCAACGCUCGCACCAGGUGUGCUACAUACCUUACGAUGGCAACGAGUUAAAUUUUAAAGAUUAUGAGGUUUUCAUACGAUCGUCAAUAGAUCGACCAUCAAAGUGUCAGAAGUUGAACGAAGGUUCUCGACCUGUUAUGGCUGUGUGAAGAACUGAAUGCGUUCCAAACGGACGAAAUGUGAUUGAUAAUUAUAGGAUCAUCAAAAUAUAUUAUUUACU